CUUAAGCAUGCUUUUAGGGGCCACCUCCUGGACAUUUCGGUGCAAAGGCUUUCCAAAUGGCUCAGAGUGGUCCUGCUGCGUCAGCCGAUGUGCAACAAGCCGACUCGCCAUCGAAGAGCAAGCCCGUCAAGAACGGCAGCUUUGGCCACAGCAGUGGCAGCGAUGGAUCAAGCGAAGGAAGCGAAGAUGACAACUCCAACAACAACAACAAUAAUGCUUUCCAUCAAAUGGCUAUGGAAGUUUUGGAGAGUAGCAAUACAGCAGGAAUGUUUGGAAGCUGCUCUGGCUCCAUUGAAGCGAAUCCAACGGGAGUGCCGAAUACUCUGAUGGAUUACUGGAGCGGAAAUGUUUCCAGAGUACACAGGAAAUCGAAGCACUCGUCAGUGCCAUCGCAGCCGCUGGUCCCGGGGAUGCCAAGCUCGCUGUUGGGGGCUGCUUCCGCUUGUGAUGGUUCUGAUAUGUGGUCACAGGAUGAACGAGAGCUCAAAAGACAAAGAAGAAAGCAAUCCAACCGGGAGUCAGCAAGGCGAUCGAGAUUGCGAAAGCAGGCAGAGUGUGAAGAACUAAGCACCAGAGUGGAUGCUUUGGCUGUGGAGAACGCGGCACUGAGGACCGAGUUGGGCCGACUUAUGGAAGAACGUAACAAGCUCGCACAAGAAAAUGUCACUUUGAUGGAACAAGUGCUAGAAAAAUCACAACACGAGCAAGACACAAUGUUUGCUCCUAGUUAAUUCAUCAUUCAUUAAAUUUAAUACAUAAUUCUUUCCCAAA